AUGACCCUCAUCUUCGCUCAAAGACCUUACCUUCUCGCUUCUCGGAUUAUAUCUUACAAUUCUACAAACAUAUGCUUUGCCCCAUACGGUGAUUACUGGAGACAACUCCGAAAGAUUUGCAUAACAGAGGCUCUGAGCUCAAAGCGCGUCGAAACGUUCCGGGGAAUUAGGGAAGAGGAGGCGAUGAAUUUUGUCAGAGACAUUUCGUUGAACACAGGGUCGGCAAUCAAUCUGAGCAAGAGAAUUUUCUCGCAUACCUACGCGGUUACUGCUAGAGCUGCUUUUGGGAAGAAAAGCAGAGACCAAGAAGAAUUCAUUGAAGCUAUGGAUGAAGCUUUGGAGUUAUUAGGUGGGUUCAGUGUUGUUGAUAUGUACCCAUCUGUGAAAUUGCUUGAGGUGAUGAGUGGAAUGAGAAGAAAGCUUGAGAAAUUGCAUAAGAGAUUUGAUCAGAUACUUGAAAACAUUGUUAACGAGCACAGAGAGAGGAAGAUAGAGAGAGAGAGUGGGAGAGGAAAAGCGGAGGAUUUGGUUGAUGUUCUUCUGAGAGCUCAGAAGGAUGGUGAGCCUGAGUUUCCAUUGACAGACGACAAUAUCAAAGCUAUCAUCUUGAAUAUUGGCAGUGUGUGUUUCAACCCUGUUGUUGUCCAACAUAAUGCCAAUAUAAUUCCAAUACUCUAUGCACAAUAUAGGAUGGCCUUGUGA